AUGCUUACGGAUGUACGUGUGUACUUAAACAAUAAUUCUGGAUCAUCCACACUAAUUUCAAGAAAGAAAAACGCCAAUGAAUUGAUGGAGUUUACAACAACCACUGCUACUACUACUACUACUACUGCUGAACAACAAGAAGACAUCAAUCAUCAACAUCCAUUGGAUGAUAGUCCCGUAGUUAGAACAACUAAAAUUGCUGACAAAAAACUUUAUCCCGCUGUAACAGAUGAAAAUGUAGAAUUACAAAAGAGCAUGUUAAAUAAUUAUGUGGAUAAAAAUACAUUAUUUUUUAAUAAAUUCAAAAGAGAACGUCGAUUAACUGAGAAACUAUCCAAAGGUAUUGGUUAUCAUCUUGGACGAAGACGUCGUCUAUUGGAAAGUCGAAGAAGAAUGGCAGAUUUUGCUUUAGCAUUCAGUAUAUUCGGUAUAUUAGUGGCAUUUCUUGAUAUCGAAUUCAUCUCACGAUCAUUGUAUCAUAAAGUUUUUCUAUGUGAAGAAUAUACAAAAGAUUGGAGAAUCUGUGUGACAAAGCAUAGAAUUAUACAGAUUAUCGCAGAAUUAUUCAUCUGUUUCAUACAUCCAUUUCCUGGUAUUGAUUUAUUUUUUAACAGUUCAUUCCCAGUGAUUCAUACUAUGCAUCAUAAACGUACACAAUUAAGUGAUCAUUUUAGUCCAUAUCUAUUAUUGAUUUUACCAAUGUUAGGUCGAUUAUAUUUAGCAUUACGUGCAUUAUUAUUACACUCACGAAUGUUUAAUGAUGCUGGCUCAAGAAGUAUUGGUGCAAUGAAUAAAGUGAGUUGGGAAACGAUUUUUUUUAACUAA